AUUUCUGGUAAUUUAUUCAAGUGCUAGACUAUAAAUUCGAAAAGAAAAUGUGUUUGUAUAAAAUAUUAAUGCUUUUCAUAUUGGCGCAAUCCAUGUCAGCGCAUCCAGCAACUAAUCAAACUCUGCUAAUUUCUCAUUGUGACGAAAAUAAAACAAAUUCCAAUACACCGGAAAUACAUUACAGAGUAUCCUUAGCGCAAGAUGUAUUGACGGCUUCAUCAAAUGCUUCCGGUCUCAAAGACAGCUGUUCCCAUUGUUUCACGGGUCACCAUGACGCUCUGAAUACCGUUUACGGAAUGCUGGCGAACGAAGAAUUUAUGAAUUAUUCCAAAUCUGAUGAGAGUUGUUCUCGAUGCUUCAAAGGACUCGAAAACGGAAUUAUAAAUAGUAACAACAAUAAAACAAAAAUGAUAGGCUGCAUGUGCGGACUUUUUAUAUCCCAGUGCCCGGAUACAAACGACAUUCCUUUAAGAACUAAAGCUUUCCAUAACGUUACUUGUCAUGAAGUUGUACCCGAUGAAGACGCUUGUAAAAAAGUUUGUAUGUUCGCCGCUUUGUUCCAUAACGAACUGGAACCGGCAAAUAUUUGCUCACACUUGGAUCAAGCUACAAACAUAACGGUCUACGUGGAAUCAAAAAUUUGCCAAGACGACACUGUAUGGGUCUUCACAGGACUUGCUUCUUCUUCUCCAGCCUGCUGCAGUCAAGGAACAGCGAUCGAUUGUCCAAAAAUUUGA